UAGUUUUAAACAUGGCGGCGCCCAUGAACAUCGUCAGUUCGGUCGCUCUUGAAGCACCAGAAAGUUUACAGUCUUUUGGCCAUCUAUGAUCUAUGUAACCAAAAUAUCAGGUAAAAUAGCUUUCAAAUGUUUUCUUUGUACUUCUCGCAGAGAAUUUCGUCUCUGAAUUGCCGGUAUGUUGGACGGAGAAACGGUAUUUGGCGGGCCCGGCGCUGUCGACACUCGGCAGGCUCGGCGGAAGGCGAUGGGACGGGAGAAGAUGGUGCAACCGGGGCGGCAGCAAAUCCUGGUAGUGACAGCACAACUGUGGAGACGGACGAUAGAAAGAAAAACAACACAAGUAACAAAUCAGACAGAAUGCAAUCAAAACUUGAGAAGUUACGCAGACAGCAAAAACAACAGGAACUUCUUCGUAUGUCAAAAGUUAUGAAGGUUCAGUCUCAGCCGGCCAGAUCGUGGAAACCAAAGGAAAUCAUUACUUAUGACAUACCAACAAUGCCAGGGGACAAGAAAGAUACCAGCGUGCCACUCCCGAAAUCCUACAGUCCGGCCUAUGUAGAGUCUGCGUGGUACGCAUGGUGGGAGAACAUGGGUUUCUUCAAACCGGAGAAUGCGGAUGCCAAGAAUGCCGAUAAGAAACCGUACGUGACGUGCCUCCCACCACCCAAUGUCACCGGGAUGCUUCAUCUGGGACACACCCUCAUGGUGGCUAUUGAGGAUAGCGUUGUCCGAUGGAAUAGAAUGCGAGGGAGACCAACUGUGUGGGUACCGGGCUGUGAUCAUGCGGGGAUUGCCACCCAGAUCAUGGUGGAGAAAUCUCUAUGGCAGAGCCAGCAGAAGACUAGACAUGACCUCGGCAGGGAGAAAUUCACCCAAGAAAUAUGGAAAUGGAAAGAGGAAAAAGGGGAUGAGAUAUAUCGACAGCUGAAGAGACUUGGAGCCAGUCUAGAUUGGGACCGUGCUAAGUUCACCAUGGAUGAGAGCUAUGCCCGUGCAGUGCAUGAAGCCUUCAUUCGUCUUCACGAUAAGGGAACAAUUUAUCGAAGCACUCAGCUAGUCAACUGGUCCUGCUCUCUGAAAUCUGUCAUAUCCGAUAUAGAGGUUGAGACCAAGACACUGACCAGCCGCUCAUUUAUUCCAGUACCAGAAUAUGCAGAACCUGUGGAGUUUGGUACCCUGACUCUGUUUGCUUAUCCAGUCCACAAUUCAGAUGAAACAAUCACCGUAGCAACCACCCGCCUUGAGACCAUGCUAGGAGACACAGCAUUGGCCGUUCAUCCAGACGAUGAUAGAUACAGACAUCUGAUUGGCCAAUCAGUGGACCACCCUUUCACUCAGAAACCUCUGCCCAUCAUUGCUGACCAUUCGGUGGACAAAGACUUCGGAACGGGUGCUGUGAAGGUUACUCCUGCCCACGAUUUCAACGACUAUGAAAUGGGUCAACGCCACAACUUGCCGUCUAUCAUCGUUAUCGAUGACACAGGUCACAUGACCAGCGUGUGUGCACAGUUUCAAGGCCUUAAACGUUUUGAUGCACGAACAGCUGUUUUAGAAGCAUUGGCGGAAAAAGGAUUACUUGUUGAAAUGAAGGACCAUCCAAUGGACAUUCCACUGUGCAGGCGUUCAAAGGACAUCGUUGAGCCAAUGUUGAAGACUCAGUGGUUUGUCGAUACAAAACAAAUGGCCGAAGAUGCUGUUAUUGCUGUAGAGAGUGGAGAUUUGAAGAUUAUACCAGAGUCUCAUAAGAAGACAUGGUACAACUGGCUGAAUAACAUCAGGGAUUGGUGCAUCUCCAGACAGCUAUGGUGGGGGCAUCAGGUUCCUGUUUAUCAAAUAACCACCACCAACGAGGAGACAAACCACCUGGACAUGGUGGCAGUACGUUGGGUUGCAGCUCACUCCCAUGAUGAAGCAAUAUCAAAAGCUGCAAAGAAGUUUGAUCUUCCUGCUGCAAUGAUAAAAGCUGAGCAAGAUCCUGACGUCUUAGACACUUGGUUCUCCUCUUCCUUGUUCCCGUUUGCAGUUUUUGGAUGGCCAGAUCAAACUUCAGACUUACAUCGCUACUAUCCUACGACCAUGUUGGAGACCGGGCAUGAUAUUCUAUUCUUCUGGGUGGCUCGUAUGGUCAUGAUGGCAAAGGAACUCCUUGGUACCUUACCAUUCACUGAGGUUUAUCUUCACUCUAUGGUACGGGAUGCACACGGUCGUAAAAUGAGUAAAUCACUAGGGAACGUCAUCGAUCCUCUGGACGUCAUUCAUGGUUGCUCACUGGAGGAUCUUCACAAGAAGUUAACGACGGGAGUCAAGUUAGACGAGCCUGAGUUGACUAUCGCCCUCAAGGGCCAAGAGUCGGACUACCCCAGCGGGAUUCCUGAAUGUGGGACGGAUGCGUUGAGGUUCGCUUUAUGCCAGUACAAAGCUCAAGUGGAGGAUCUCAACCUAAGUAUAGAGACUGUUCUGGAGUGCCGCCAUUUCUGCAAUAAGAUUUGGAAUGCUACAAAGUUUACUCUAAGCAAGCUUGGAGCUGACUAUAUUCCUUUACCAAUCAAUGAGAGUACAGUGGCGCUUGGACCCAUGGACCGCUGGAUUCUUAGCCGGUUAUCAUCAGCUGCCGAUGUGUGCAAUACAGCAUUUGAGGAGUACCAGUUUCCAACAAUCACGAGUGCAAUACGUGAAUUCUGGCUCAACACAUUCUGUGAUGUUUACUUGGAAUCAGUAAAAGGCGUGCUCAACUCCAGCGACCCUGAAGUGGUCCGUGCGGCCCAACACACCCUCUACCAUUGCGUACACUCAGGCCUAUGCCUUCUCAGCCCGUUCAUGCCAUACUUAACCGAGGAGCUGUAUCAGAGACUACCCAAGGUCAAAGGUCAGGACUGUCCCAGCGUUUGCCUGGCUGAGUAUCCACGCAAGGAACAUUAUCCCGCCAGAGACACACAGCUGGAGCGUGAGGUGGAUUUAGUCCUGGAGACAUUGCACACGAUGCGAUCUCUACAAGCCGAUUAUCAAUUCAAGAUGGCCGAUGCCAAAGUGCAGGUUGUGUCUGAUGACGUCACAGUGCAGAGAACACUGGAGAGCUAUUCCAACACUCUCACUGCGUUGUCAAGGUGCCCUGGGCUCGCCCUUGAAUCCACUGCACCGCCUCCCUCUGGAUGGCUCUCAACUCCAAUGAACAGCAGAGGCACAAUGUAUCUCAGAAUCAAAGACUCUGUAAAUGUAAAGUCAGCCAUCAAGAAGAUGUCAACUCGUCGCAAGAAUCUCCGAGCGAGUCUAGAUAGUUUGAUGCGAACACUAGAGGGCGCCGAUUACACUGAGAAAACGCCACUCAGAGCUCAAGAGGCAAAUGACAGGAAGAUUGAUCGUCUACGAUUUGACCUCCAGCAGGUAGAAAAUUCUUUAAACCAACUAGAAACAGCAAGCUAACAAACAUUAGACAAACAGAUUGAGCCAUUGGUUCUUUGUAGUAGGCUUCCUGGACCAAACUUCAUGGCUCUGCUUACCGUAAGCAAAGAUUUGCGCUAACGGUAGCAGGGCAUCGCGCUAACAUCGAGCAAAUUUCACGGGUUAGCAGGGAACUUUUGCUUGUGCGCAUGCGUACCACACGUUACUAGGCAUUCUUCACUUACACAUCUACCAUAAGUAAAGAUUUGACACUAACGGUAGCAGGGCAUUCCGCGCUAACAUCAAGCAUAUUUCACGUGUUAGCAGGGACUUUAUGCUUGUGUGCGUGCGUACUCCGCGUUACUAAGGAUUCUAGGGCAUCUAAAUUUGUGCGAAUGGUGCUCAAAAGCGAAGAAUUAUGUGACUCAGAGCCAUGAAAUUGGGCCCAGAUGUCUUGCUGAUGGCCUGUGCUAGGUUCUGAGGUUUAAACCCUCCUCCAUGCUGCAAGUCAAACUUUUUGGCUUACUGGUGAGCCAGUAUGUAACAGAAUAUUCCUGCAUUUGUUGGCCUGGUCAGUGGGGACACUUGUGUCCUUGAGCAAGGAAUUUUAUCGUAGUUUCUUCUCUCCAUCCAGGAGUACAAAUGAGUACCAGCGAGAGCUGGGGAGUAACCUGCGAUGGACUGGUAGCGUGUCCAGAGGGAAUAGAAAUAUUCUCAAUUGUUUAAUGCCAAGGCAACCAAAUAUAAAUGAGCCAUAUUGGCUCGGGACAGACUGAAUAUUUGUACUUCCAGCAUUUGUGUAAUCUUUGGGGUUACUUCCGUUCUUUAAAAGCUGUUGCCCUUAGAAGUGGAUUACAAAUUGAACUUUUAGAAAGAUAUUAAAUGUCCCUUUGGUUGUUAAACAGCUUUACAACAGCUUAUUUUAUUUCCUAAUUUUUGUUUUUGAUAAGCAACAUUACUGAAAGAUUAAGAGAUAAAAUAAAACAAAUACAA